AUGGACAACAGAAACACCCAGAUGUACAUGGAGGGUAGGAUCAAGGCUCCAGAGGCCCAGUCAAGUCCUGGCCUGAGAACUGCCAGCAACAGGGCUGGUGUCGAGCCCACCAUAUCAGAAGUCAGCCAGGUUGUGUUUCCAGGUGCUGAAGGGAUGCGCAGUGGGAAGCAGCCCUCAUCAGCCCCAGGAGGGCCAGAGAACAGGCCCAGACACAGAGAAGCAUCAGAGGAGGGGUGUCUGGAGCUUAGCACCCAGGAGCAGAUGCCUCCAGCAGGACCAAGGAUGAAGCAGUCAUCUUGGGCCCCUCAGGAAGGGCCCAGGGAGCUGCAAGCAGGCCAGGAUCAGGCCACGCCAGCAAGUAAGCUGGAGAUGCUGCCUUCCAGGGUCCCUGCAGCACAGGAAGGGCUGCAGCAGCAGAGCUCAGGGAAGGAGACCGAGGACCAACAUGGCAGCCAGCAGAACCCAGGGACAGUGGAGGGUCAGGCCCCCGAGAGCUGCCAGGUCUCCCUCACCACCAAGUCAGCCAUGAAGGAAAUAGAAGAUGACAAUACACUGGUGUUUAUGGUGCAUGUCAAGGCCAACAAGCAACACAUUAAACAGGCUGUGAAGCAGCUCUAUGACAUUGACGUGGCCAAGGACCCAGAGUGUCAGCUCACCCGAGGUCACCUGGCAGCCGAUGAGGCAGACGUAGUGCAGCCAACAGAGCCUUGCUGCACUUUGGACAGCUGUGGACAGCAACUGGGGGACAAGCCCCCCAAGGAGGUGGACACCCCACCCAUCAGGGAUGAGGCUGUGGAGAUCCAGCCAGCCCUGGGGCCUGUUCCUCCACCUGAGGUGAGGGACAUUGGAGAGAGGAGGGAGCUGGACCAUAACCAGAAGCAGCCUCAGGAGCCCGCAGUGGUCAUGGGGGCCCAGGACCUUGGCAACCCCCGGCCAGGCUUCAUGAAGUGCUUGUUGGAGGUGGAGGAGGAGGAGGCCACGCAUCGGAGGGUCGCCAAGGCCCGUGCCCUGCCAAACCGGAAGUCCCCCAGGACCCUGACCCCUGUAUCCACCUCCACCCCCGUUGGCAGCUCAGCCCCAACCCUGCCUCUGACCCUGCCUCAAACCCCUGCCUCGGCCCCUGCCGUGGCCCCAUCCUGGGCCCGGCCGUCAGCCCCUGGGCCGCUUCCUGCCCCCGCAGGAGCCCCUGUCCCAGCUUCAGUGCCCAUCACGUUCCUGCCAGUCCCCACGUCGGACCUGGGCUGGAGAAGGACAGAACUUUUGCACCACAGCGGGGAGAGGAGCCUGAACUACCCCAAGGCACGGCGGGAGCUGGAAGAGCGCUGCCUCCCGAAAGUGUAUCAGACCUGGGAGGAGAGGUCAGAGGAGCACCUCACGCCGAAGCAAGAGGAAGCCUUCCGCAGCUACUUUGAGAUCUUCAGUGGUCACGGCGAGGUGGACGCACAGAGCCUGGAGAACAUCCUUCUCCUCGUGGGCAUCUCCCUGACGCCAGCCCAGGUAGAGGAUGCCCUGAGGAGUGCUGAUCUUGAUGGAGAUGGUCACGUGAACUUCAAAGACUUCUUGGCUGUGAUGACAGACACCAAGCGCUUCUUCUGCUCUGUGGAACAGAGUGCCCUGACGGACAUGGCUCCCCCAAACCCCCACACUCUGCUCUUUGAGAUCCUGUCCCUGCUGGUGGAGAUGCUGGCCUUACCCGAGGCAGCCUUAGAGGAGAUCACCAGCUAUUACCAGAAGAAGCUGAAGGAAGGCACCUGUAAGGCCCGAGAGAUGGAAUCUGCCAUUGGCCGGCUGCGGUCCCAGAAGAAGCUCCCCUACAACCCCCAGCAGGCAGACGCCUUGGAAGUCCCAGAACGAAGAGUCCUCAGGAUCCUGAGCCGGCUGAAGCAGGAGAACUAUGCUGCCAACCUGCAAAGCCCCUAUGCCCAGGUGCCUUGCAUCCCGCUCUGCCCACAGCUGGACAAGAAGACAGUCCGCCGGAAGCAGGGCAGCCACUACGCGCUAGAGCAGUGCACCCCCACCAGCCUGGGCCCUGACAUGCACAGCCUCUUCUUCCAGACUGGAUCUCAAGGAAGCAGGGAAUCCAGCUCUGACAGCCGAAAGUGGCCCAGUUAGGUGCCAGCUCGAACCCACUGA